GACACCCUGAAUAAACAAUUCAUUUUAUCAAAAAGAAAAGAACACCGUAAUGGCUCUCUCUCUCAAGUCAGCAGCAGCAGGUUUUCUCCAGUUAAAGAACCACAACACCAUCUCUCCCCCAUAUCGGUUUCCCUCCGGUAAAGCCUUUGUUUCAACUAAGAGAUUCACUCCAAUGGCUGUCAUAACCACCGCUCCAACUCUUGGCCUUUCUGAUACCUUCUCUAAAUUGAAAAAACAGGGCAAAGUUGCAUUCAUCCCAUACAUCACAGCUGGGGAUCCUGAUCUUUCAACAACAGCAGAGGCUCUUAAGGUCCUCGACUCAUGUGGCUCAGACAUAAUUGAACUGGGUGUACCGUACUCUGAUCCUCUGGCUGAUGGUCCGGUAAUCCAGGCGGCAGCUACGCGAUCAUUGGCAAAAGGAACCAACUUUAAUGCUAUUCUUGCAAUGUUGAAGGAGGUGGUUCCACAGUUAUCUUGCCCAAUUGCUUUGUUUACAUAUUACAACCCAAUUCUGAAGCGUGGGGUUGAGCAGUUUAUGAGCACUGUAAAGGAUGUAGGCAUACACGGACUUGUUGUUCCGGAUGUCCCUCUUGAGGAGACUGAAAUUUUGAGAAGAGAAGCUCUUAAAAAUAAGAUCGAACUGGUACUGCUUACAACACCAACUACACCGACAGACCGAAUGAAAGCUAUUGUUGAAGCAUCAGAAGGAUUUGUGUAUCUUGUGAGCUCAAUCGGAGUUACUGGUUCCCGUGCAUCUGUAAGCGGUCGUGUUCUGUCCCUUUUAAGCGAAAUUAAGGAGGCGACAUCCAAGCCUGUUGCAGUUGGUUUUGGGAUAUCGAAACCAGAACAUGUGAAACAGGUAGCCGGGUGGGGAGCCGAUGGUGUGAUAGUUGGUAGUGCCAUGGUGAAGGUGCUGGGUGAAGCCAAGUCUCCCGAGGAAGGAUUGAAGGAACUAGAGACUUUUACCAAAUCCUUGAAAUCUGCAAUUCCUUGAACAUCAGAAUGGAACCGAAUCAAACUAUUAACAUUUUUCUCCCUGGUGGUUUUCACUGAAAUAAUAUUUAUUUUCAGAGU